AUGGAGGGAAGCGAAAUUGGAGAAAAUGGAAGGAGAAAGGAGGUUGAAGGAAGUGAUAUUGUAGAGAAAGAAAAUGAAGAGGAUUUGAAGAAGAUUAUUGCAAGCCAUCCUUUGUAUGAAGUAUUGAUUGAAUCUCACAUGAACUGUUUGAAGGUAGGGUCUGAGGAAGCUGGAGAGCUUGAUAUCACAACUGAUGCAUGGAAGAAUUUGAUCAACUCAAAUUCCAAAGCAACUUGUAGUCUAGAGCUAGACACUUCAGAUCUUGAUCACUUCAUGGAAGCAUAUUGUAUGACACUGAAGACGCUCAAAGAAGCGACAGAGGAACCAGCAAAAGAAGCAAAAUCUUUCAUUAAUACCACGUAUAUUCAACUGAAGGAACUUAGUGAGGCAAAUAAUCCAGAGCUUUUGAUAAGCAGCAAGGACCUUGAUGAUGGAUUCUCACCUUAG